AUGGCUGACUCAGCGGGAAUUCAACGUCGCCCGAUCCUGCGAUUGACCCUGCGCUCGAAGUCCGAGUACGAACAGAGCCCACAGACACUAGCUGCGGGGCCUAUUACAGAAAAGAGUGGUUCAGAGUGGGAAGCCAGAUCCUCGACCGAAAACACACGCAAAUCCGACCGUGCUCUGUCUCGUGGCCGAGUUCCGCGAUCACAUCACCAGAAGGCGAAGCGUCCAAAGAAAGCCGUAUCUCCUGUAAUAAUGGCGCACGGCGCGGAGGAUUGCGCGACUGUGCUAGAGCAGUUCGUGCACGAUGUGGCCAAUUUGCCUCUUGAGAUAAACCACUUGAUGGAGGAAAUUCAGGCCAAGGAUAAGAUCAUACAGGAGUGCCGCGCCACCAUCAACUUGCGCGACGGAAGUAUCCAGAAGUUCAUCAAACUCAACGGCAGCUUGACGCCGAAUCCGAAAGAAGAGCAGUAUAGCAAGACGGUCUUGCAGAAUCUCGACCGCUGCGAGGCCCUCCAAAGCGAGAAGAUCCAGCUUAGCGAGAAAGCAUGCGUCCUUCUCGACCGACAGGUGAAGCGACUCGACGUGCGCAUUCGCGACCUACAGAAUGAAGGCCUCCUCUCAAAUGAACCGCCGCUCCCUUCACUCUUCGACAAGAACAGCCAGACCUACCGCGACCCGCCGAAGGUUUUCUUUCCAGACUCCAACUCGAGCGAGUCUACCGCCUACUCUACACCUCUCAACCCGACCUCCGGCAACGCAAACCCUAUCCUAGCUGCUGCCCAGCGCCUCGCUCAACAGUCAACCCCCCGCGCCGCAGGUCUCACUGCUCUGACAGCCCAACAAGCCGCCCGUAGCUCUGCGCCAGCUACACCAACCGGCUCCGCCGUCAUGCAUCUCCAACAAAGACAGCGCGAGUCCUCUGCUGGCGCAGUAGACAGCAAGCGCCGCCGUCUGAACGCCUCUCUAGGCACUCUCCCUGCAGCAUCCUCAAACCUCCGCCAAUCAUCACUGGGACCCGGAACCCCCAAAGCCGGUACACCGGGCGUUAACCGCGCAGGAAGCGCUGGCCCACGCUCUACUGGCAUCGUUAAGAAAGCGUUGACCAAGAAAGUCGCACCUCAUCACCAAAUCAAGAAGAUCAAAUCCUCAAACAAAGCCAGCAAGCGUUCCUCCAGUGGAAGCCGGCUCAAGAAGAAAUCACCCAAUGGCGACGGCGACGAAGAUGACGAUUCCAUGCUCAGUAGUGCUGACAUGUCGGACUCGGAUAAGAGCGGCGCGGAGGAUGACGAGGAUAUGGAUGACGAUGAUGACGAUGAGGAGGGUGCUGAGGAUACUAAGGUUUACUGUACUUGUCGUACGGUUAGCCAUGGGGAUAUGGUAGCCUGUGACAAUGAUAGUUGCCCGUAUGAGUGGUUCCACUGGAAAUGCGUGGGCUUGUCACGGGAACCGGUGGGGACGUGGUAUUGUGAUGAGUGCCGGAAGACGUUAGGGAAAUAG